AUGGCCAACCAUCUACUAUCAAUCGAAGGACUACCAAAAUUUUAUUCUAUUAUUUAUCAUCACUUCGUCGAAAUGUCGAUUAUUGCCUUUGCUGACCUUGGACUUGCUGAUUUAUUGGCCGAGGGCACUUCUUCAUCAGGUCAUACUGCUGAAGAAAUUGCUGAUAAAAAUAAUUGGAAUUCAGACCUGAUCCAUCGAAUACUUCGAAGUUGUUCAGAUGUUGGCAUAGUCGAGCAAAUCGGCGAUGAUCGUCAUUUUGUCUUAACAAAAUCUGGUAAAUUGCUCACUAGUGAUCAUCCGUCAAAAACGCGCAAUUUUCUUCGAUUUUCUCUGGGGUCAUGGGCACGCGGUGUAGGGUCUGCUGUGUCACAGAUUGUACGCAGUGGACCUGAACGGAAUAACAGUGAUAUAUAUCACUUAACAGAUGGCGUCAAUCUCUACGACUGGCUAGCUCGACCGGAGCACAAAGAAGAAUUAGACAUUUUCAGCGGUGCGAUGACAGCACUUUCAUUGCAAGGACUAGAUGUUGUGGUGGCCGGUGUUGAUUUUUCACAUUUUCGGUUCAUCGUUGAUUGUGGCGGUUGUGGUGGCACAUUUCUUGCUCAUAUCCUUAAAAACAACCCAAACGUUGAGCAAGGCAUCGUUUUUGACAUGCCACAUACAAUUAAACAAGCAACAAAUCAUGAGUUUGAAAUUCGCAAAAUCGAGUCUUCACGAUAUAAAUUUGUUGCUGGUGAUCUGCUUGAUCCAACAACAAUUCCACCGAAAGCGGAUGCAUACAUUAUUAAAGAUGUCCUCGAAAGUUUCGACGAUGAGAAGACGAUUUCGGUUUUCUUGUCGGUGCGCCAAGCCUGCGAAGACAAAGCUAAUGUAGCCGUAUUCAUUGUGGAAGCUGUCAUUUUACCUGACGAUGGAACGCGAAUUAAUUGGUGCGCAAACGGACUGGAUGUCUUCUUGUCAGCAGGUUUUAACGGUAAAGUGCGAACUGUGGACGAGUAUAAACGCUUACUCAAUGCGUCUGGACUAGAAUUUGUCAAAGUUCAUCCAAUUAAUGCUCCUGCUUCAAUUAUUGAAGCAUGCGUCAAUCCUACACGACAAACGUGA